AGUAAGACAGUCUGCCCCUCCUUCUGAUGCAUGUCACUAGCGCCAGUGCAUGCAGACUAGGCCUCCCCUAGACUUGACGAACGAAGAUAGUCGUUCCUUCUUUACUGGUAAGUAUCGUAUCAUUCUAACACCGCAGUUCAAAGUCAUGAGCGCUUGAGCCUCAAGCGCUCGAACAUGCAGUGCGGUGUGCGACACAUCACUGUAUUUCUCCAUCAUCAUGACACCACCAUCCCUCGUUCACAUUCUCAGCGCACUGAAAAAAUGGUUUUUGCGACUUACUCGCCGUUCUGCCAGUUUAUUCUUCUUAUUGUUAUCUUCACUCCGCCGAUCUACUAGAUGUCAUGCACAGCCUCAGGCUGGAAAUUCGAGAUUGAUCAGCCAGCCUCGUCUCUCCAGCGGAUUUCUACUGCGAGCCCUUGAAGUGGACAUCGCAGGCGAUGAUGUACCCAUUUGUUUCAGUCUUUUGCCUCCUGCCAGUGGUCCAAUGGGAGAGCCUUCAUCCCAUUCAGAUGAUCCUUACACAGGAACCCAUUCACGAGAUUCACGACCUUUGUGCAAGGGCACAGGGUCACCUCCGUUGGAAGCUAAUCCGACGACGACAGGAUACCCCAAUGCAACCGAAUCAAGCGGGCUUCAUCAGGGCUCUAUGUCAAGUUUGCACCUGUCUCUGCAGAUGGGAGAGAGCUCGGUGGGCGACAGGACGAUUCUAAACGACCAAUUGCAGGAGUCCAGCAGCCCAGGAACAUCGCGCCAUUCCGACUUCCAUGAAUUACCCAGACCGCGAUCACGAUCCCAAGGAUACAUGGAUAAUACUCAUUCUAUCAAUACAACACGCGGCGCGGAGAUAAUCAGACCAGUGGGCUUUCCGACGAGAGUGAACUCGAUGAAAUAUCUAUCAUACACAAAAACUGUUCAUUCUCGCCCACAUUUAGCCCGUAGUGCCAUCAUGCGUAGAUCUACGGACACAGAUGCUGUUGGUCGUGUUUCGGUGGGCACCGAUCGCUCCCUAACACGAUCGAUUGCUACGUCAGAAAGUCGACAAGUUCCAUAUCGAACACACAAGGGACGCGUUGGUUCUCAUCCAGUUAGCGUCCAUAGCGUCUCCAUACACCACGGAUCCCCGCACACAAUUUUUGUUCCAUUGGCUUCGCCUAUCCAGGCGGUAUCAAUAUCUGAUCCGGGUAGCGACCAUCGUCGUUAUGAUACUGCUCCGCCUGGCAGCCCCGAGCGACUAGGAUCGGAAGUAGCGCUCCCCAUGGUCUACGACGGCGGCCCGCCAAUAGGUCUCCUGGUUGCAGAAGAGGUCAGGCGGCGUGAAGAGUACAUACCAAGGAGCUCUGUACCUUCCCGAACUGCCAUUCCUGCCAUGACCGUGAAAUUUCCUGUACACGACGCGGCUGUACCCCCAGGAUGGACUAAGCUCGUGCAUCCGCAAGGUUGUUGCUACUUUGUCCACCAAGAAAAAAGAACAUUCACACAAAUGAAUAUUUGCGAAAAAGACGUACGCGAGAAGAUCGAAUACUACAUGCAGUACUUGCUGUAUGAACUCCACAAACACGGGGACCUUGAGCUUGACAUGUCGCAAGUGGACCUUGUGCUCGAGCCGAAGGUCUUCUCCAAUGGCGAUACAAUCGUUGGCUGUUAUUAUUUCGCUAACCACCGUGACAGAUGCCUCUUCUGGUUAGAUGAAUACAAUACCGAAGAUAUUCUCUCAGAUUGUAGUGGCGUGGAGAAUCUUUCACACAUACGGCUCGCCAUCCAAGCACAAUAUUGGAAACAUUGCGAGUACUUCCCUUGCUUGUGCCCAGUUACGCAGGAUCUUGUCGAUGAAGUCAAGGAUAUGUUGCUGUAUGCGAAAUGUGACCACCUAAGCUCGCGCCAGUCUACUGCGUCGUUCGAUCUCAUCGAAAUCAGAGACUAUCUGUCUAUUGUAGAUAAGAUCAAGGUCUAUUCUUCUAUAGACCAGAAGAUGCAGCGAUGUCACGCCGCAAUUGUCAUUGGUCGAAUUAUGUAUGCAUUCAGUCGAAAUCACUUUGUCAACUCUCAUGGGGAGAGCAGUGUGAGACUGACCUUUGAACAGACAGUCCAUCCAUAUACUCCGUCACUGUUGAUAGUCGUUCUUGCACCCUUCCUGUUCUUGGACCCCCUGGCACUAGUUCGAGAACUCCACACGACUUUUAUUGACAACACGCCUUCCUCAGAGCGGUGGAAUGCAUUCAACGCAAAGCUGAAUGGGCAGCUUCAGGAUUCCACCCUACUGGCCACUGUCUUACUCAAUGCCAAUGUUGGAUUUCUCGCUAUCAACACUGUUGAUAUGAGCGGUAGAUCCCCUACUCAGGUGGCGAGCUACAUGUCUCUCGUGGCAAGCUUGGGAAGCAUGAUUAUUGGCUUGUUGCUUGUUUCACAUACUCGAACCUUGGGCCAAGGUACGGUCCUCCAAGGGGAAGUUUUUCUAUCGGGACUUGGUGAGAAAGAGCGCAGACUUGAAAGACUGGCCAUAAUUUACAGCCUCCCAAAAACGUUGCUCAUGUGGGGUAUGAUCUUCUUCUUCGCGGCAUUCUCCAUCAAUUGGUGGGGUCCUGGAGAUAGAACUUCCCGGGCCGUUGUUGGCUCCGUGAUACUGCUCGCACUUGUAGUGAUCUCGUUCGGCGUCAUUCGAACCAGUAGCAGAGGAGAUCGCUGGUGGCGGCAGACGAAACUAAUCUUCUUGGAACUAUUUACUUCUCUGGCUGACGCUUGGAAGCAGCUCGUGGAGCUUAUGGGGAUGAAGAAAGGCCAAAGAGACGACCCCCAAUCCCACGCUGAAGGGAUCAACCCUUUCCCCAUCGCUGGAGCGGAUGCAUCAAUUUUACCUGGUUUUCAACCAGAAAUACCGGGCUCAGACCAUCGUGAAAACCACCCCAACUCCUCUAUCCCCCCGACGCGACAAUACCGCCCCACCACUUCCAUGGAUUCCCCUCAGCAACCACAUGACGCCAACUCCACGCAGCCAUCAUCGGAUUUACGUCCCAGCCCAGGUUUUCUGUCAGGCACAGGCUCUUUGCAACGAAUUCGAGAAGACAUCCAGAAUGUUUUCCGAGACAAGUCUACCAUGGGGGGAUACUGCGAGCCUGAUGCUGCCCCUUUAGGUAUGCACUUUACGACAUCACCAAACUCUGGGUCAGAAUGGAUGGUUGGGACGGCGGUCGAUGCGAUAUUGCAUUCUGAUGCUCUCCCAACCGCCACCGACACGGGCACCUCCAUAUUACCUGGUCCAUCCCGAACAGAAGAAAGGGAGAGGGUGGAAUAUACCGAUAAUAUAGUCGAGGAGCCAGGAGAAUUAGACGAUCCUCAACGUUCGCCGAGCACAACGCUGCCUCCAAGAAUCUUCGCUAAAAAUGCACCUGAUGACUAUUUCCAUCAUGCUCCGAAUUGGACGUUACAGGAGGGGCAUGACCUAGAGGAGUGCGAAGACUAAGAGAAAUGGCUCGUGGUUAAUUGCAAGAAGAAGAGCACCGCCCUGGGAACUAACAGUCACAGACACUGGUGGCUAUCACCGGUCGGAAGUGUAUCAUACUGUAGAUGAUACUACGUACUUCAGUACAGCGUACAACGCAACUUCGAUGUACCCACGAAGCUCAGCGCACUGAGCGCAACCGCCAGCAUCUCCGUCUAGAUCUCGGUGUCAUUAUCUAAAAGCCUUCCGUUUUCAAUACGAACAAACAACCGCG